AUGCCUGAGGCAGGAGGGAUCAGCGUGAGCACGACAUGUACAGGAUGCCGCAAUGGCCCAGUCGUCCUGAAAGAGCCAUUUGUUUCACAUGCAGGACCCGCGAUGCUCAAGGGCGAGACUUCUCACGUGCUGAGCCAGGCCAAGCUUCGUUGGGGCGUCAGAUCAGUGGAUGAGCUUCGUUGGGGCGUCAUCAGGAGAACCAUGAAGAAGAGCCGAGAGCGGGUACGGGAAGAAGAUGCGGAAAGAGGUUUGCGGAAGACUCGUGACCGGCUUCGUGAGCCCCGCGCUCGUCGACCACGCACCAGAGACAGUGGUGUGGUAGCGUCGCCUGUGCGCGAUGUGCCGUCGCCCAUCCCCUCGACGGCCUAUGGAGCUGCUGACACAGCCGGCACCUGGGUUGGAACAUGUUCGCCUAGCCCUGCGCGGCGAGAUGGUGAGUUUGGCUUCCAUGGCUUUGUGGAGCAGCAGCGACAGCUGGCCAGUGAAAUGCAACGCCAGGUAGCUGAAUUGAAAAGUCAGAGAGAUCAAGCAAGACAAGAGGCAUUGAAGGUGAAGGAGGAUGCCAUGAACGACAGGGCCAAACAUCUCCAGGAACUUCAGCAAGUUCUUGCAGAGCAGUUGCGUCGUGAUGAAGAACCUAAGGUGGAGGUGCUAAAGGAUGCGGAAGAGGCCUUUGAGCGUUCCAUCAUCUCGGACUCCCGCUUCGUGGCGAUCGAUGCAGCCUUAACGGCUCUGCUGAGCCCGGUCCCCCGGGCUCACAGCGAAGGCCAUGAACGGCGGAGUUACCGGCCAGGGUCAGGAGGUCGAAGGGCAAGUCUGCAGGCUGAGCGAAGGUGGUUGCCCCGCAUGGCGACUCACAGAACAGCUGGACAAGGAAAAGGUGGCGGCCUUCAGAAAAGCCUUGGACACGGCGGACGGCCUCCCCUCGGAGUUGAGACAAGACCUCUGUGCCCUGUUGGAGGAAUCGACGCCAGCUGA